GAAUAGUGUAAGAACGAUAAAAAAGUUUCUCUCGAGGUGAAUGACAAUGAAAAUUAUGACAGAAUGAUAAUUUUAUAAUCAAUCGGUCCCUUGAUGUUUGUACGCAAUAUUAUUCUUUACACGAGAGUCUUGUUUCAUGCGGUCGAAAAUAUCGUAUUCAAUAUGGCGGCGCCCCGUUCAGAAAAAAACCAUUCACAUAUUACUUUUUGGCUUAAUACCACUUAAUAAAUGGACUACGUAGACUUUUUUUUAUAAUUGACCUCCAACUUUGAAGCUGAUUUGUUCAACUUGCGCAGCUAUUUUUUAAACUGUAGAGUGUAUAGACGUGUAAUAAUCUAUGAAUUUAGGCGUAUUCAACAGAGUUAAUCUCAAGGAUUCCCAAGGAGGAAUGUAUUCAGAAUGGGCUUCAUUAAGCACUCUGAUCCUGCAAGGUUCAGAGGAAAGCCAAAGCGUACUAGGAAAAUUUCCUCCUGGUACAGGAAAAGAAGUUGCAUUAUCCAUAGUACAUCAGCUUGCUGCAAAUCUUGGCAUCACUCAAGCAGGAGAGCCUAGUUCACUCUCUACUGACAAAGAAGUACAAUGGUGCAUGGAAGUGAUAUGUUAUGGAUUGUCAUUGCCAUUGGCUGAGCAUGACACUGUCAGAGAUUGUGUGAACAUAUAUUGCGAGUGGCUGUCCGCAUUAUAUUCUACUCCAAAAAUUUCUGUACCCAGACCAAUAGUAGAUGAUCCAAACUUUUAUGCCAGAAAAAUUAUAAGUCAUUUUCACAAUUUGUUCGUUCCAAGAAAAGGUGAAGUCUGGCCUUUUUUAUAUCAGGAUCUAGGUACAGAUACAAUAAAUCGACAGGCUGUUUUGUGUCAUCGAGUGCUUAGAACUCUGCAGCAAAUCGCAAGAGGUCCGGCUACUUUAGAAAGAGAAACGUGGGAAAGUCUGCUGUUAUUUCUCAUUGGCAUUAACGACGCAUUAUUGGCACCACCAGCGACGAGAGAAGAUGCUGGAGAACAACUGUGCGAGAGAGUGCUUGGUGUACUGUUAGAGGUAUGGCUCGUUUCUUGUGAACGCAGUUUUCCUUCACCUCCUUUAUGGCGCACAUUACGAGAAUCCUGUCUGCGUUGGCGUCAUAGAUUAGCUUUAGUCGAACAAUGGAAUCGCGUGUGUCUUGCACUUACAGCAAGACUGCUACAGAUCAUGUAUGGACCAAUGUUUCCUGAACUAAAAAUAAGUGAGGAGGACAUGCAGCUUGUAUCACCUACCAUGUCAGAUGAGGCAGUAGCACAAGCAUGGUACAGACUAUUGCGCACUAUUGGCGAUCCUGUGGAUUUAUGUAGGCCUGCUAUUGUUUCGCAAACACAGGCAUUUCUACAAUACGCGAUUGCUAGUCCGAAUGUUAUUGAUCCGUGCCAGCAUCCGUGUUUGCAGAGUUUGCCACAAAUAUUUCUGAAAGCCAUAAAAGGCAUAGCAGGUCAAGUUGAUGCUUUUCUGGGCGUUUCACAGGCAUGCUGCUGGGAAGAGUGCUGUUUGUCCAACGUUCCAUCAGGAAAUAGCGGUCCCGGCAGCGGGGGUGUCGGAUGGGAUAGGUCAAAUGGCAAGGAUCAGCCUCAACCUUCUCCGACACCCCCAACUCAACGCAGACUUGCCAAAAGUUUCAGUGUCACUCCUUCUGCAGUCACGAAGGGUAUUCCUAAAGCGUCGUUAAUUGGAUUAACAACAAGUCGCGUAUCUAGUACACCACCGAUGUUGAUAUCGAAUUCUGGACCGUCAUCUGCUUCGAGUACUGCUUCUAUGACCUCACUUGGCCAAGACAUCAGACCUCCCUUAGCUCCUGGGCGUCCCAAGUGCAAUAGCAUACUGCAUCUUUUCGGAGAAUGGUUGUUCGAGGCCGCGUUUAUCGGUACUGAUGGCUGGUCGCAGAAUCUAUCACAACCUUCGGGCGCGUCGAAACGUCCAUCUUCAGUGCUUGUAGAAGGACCAAGUUCACUGCAAGAGACCGUGAGCGACGUACCGCCGACACUCGGUAUAGAUCGCUACGAGUCCGGCAGAGCAGAGGCUCUGGGCGCUUUGUGCAGAAUUUUCUGCGCUAAGAAAACGGGAGAGGAAAUAUUGCCCGUAUACUUAGCUAGAUUUUAUCAAGCAAUGUACCACGGUCUUAAAGUUGACGAGUCUCGCGAAUGCGGUGAAACACUCGCGAGCAUUCUGUUAAAUUCCGCUGACUUGUUUCGUUUGGAUUUGAACGGUAUACAAGUCUUGGUACCGGUCGUACUGUCUGCUCUGGAAGUAGUUCUACCAGAAAAAGAUUUGAAACUGAAAUCUAACACAGUAUCGAAAUCAGAUUUGAGAAGAGCUUCGAUACAUUUGUUAAUAUCGAUGUUAACAUUGCCUCUGCAUUUUCAGAAUCUCGCUAUUAAGGAACUUCCGACAUUUCCGGGCACGAAUUCUUCCGAGAAAACGCCUGUAACGUUUGUACAGUUAAAAUCGAGACUCAUGAAUUUGCUCAUAAAUGCUUUACAAGUAGAGACUGAUCCUCAGAAUACGCACAUGUUGUUAGGGGCUCUUUUAUUGAGCGUGCAAGAUUCUGCAGCAGCAGAAGAAGUGGAACAAGUCACGCAACCCGAUACAGUAGCUAAUGACUCGACAACUAACUUAUUAUCUUCAGUCACCAGCGAUUCAGCCAGUCAAAUAAGUAUAUCCAGCGAUCAGCGAUCAAUUGGCGAUGCCUCUGAUAUUGUGACUCUUCAAGAGGAAUGCAUUGCGUUCGAUUCUGCCCAUGCUCUUUUUGUACGGGCAACGUACUUAGUGUGUCAUCGUUUGAUCUCAUCAUGGAAGACUGACUUAAAUAUCUCUCUAGCAGCACUCGAGAUGCUGUCAGGAUUGGCACGUACGCGUAUUCGUGAAACAGCAAGGAAACUUACAGAUGCCUUGGAAUGCAAAAGAGCGGUAAAAUGGUUGUGCGAUUAUAUUUCGUAUCAAUGUUGGCGUCCGCCUCCAGCACAUUCUAAGGAUCUCCAUUCUUCUAUUGUUGCUGCGUUUAGUUGUCUGACUACUUGGCUAACUGCUCAUCCACAGUUGUUACAGGAUAAAGAUUGUUUGACUACGGUAUUAGAAGUUGUCGAACUUGGAGUAUCUGGUACGAAGAGUGUUGGAAAACCAGGAGAACCCAUCAAAAUGAAAGACGAGAAAGAACUUAAACCCGCAUCUAUGCGCGUAAGAGACGCCGCUGAUGCGCUUCUUACUAUUCUAUUGGAACAGGUUGGUUAUUUUCCGAGCGCCUGUGGAGCACAAUCACUUUCGUCACUAUUGGACGAAGUAUCUUUGCUUCGGCACUGCAACAGCUGGACAGGUGGACGUGUAGCGCGACAAGCUGCUGUUGAGAGAUUUCGUUACUUCGUGUCUGAGAACGCGAUCGUACUGGCUUUAUUAGAGGAGCCUCUGGGAAAUGAUCAAGAUCCUCAGCCGACUGUGACAGUUCUCAUCCGCGGACCGUUCGGCAGACAUGCGUGGACGAUGCAGCUUCGUCAUUUGCCACGUCAUCGAUCUAGCAUUAGAAGUAUUAACAGUAAUCCUGGUCGACCGUUGCCAUUAGCCGAAGCCGCACCGCGAACGGAUUACAAGCCGAGAUUUUUCCCGGACAAUGUGGAUCGUAUUCCCCACUGCAAAGUAGACGAAUCGAUACCGAGUCUCGAAGCAGUUAUGAGCGAUAAUGACGCAGUGCGAGAUGAACAUCAGAUUUUGGCGCAGCUUUUAGAGCGUCAAAUAACACUCGAAUCAAAACACGACAAUAGUAAUAUAAAGAAUGCAGAUGACAAAACUGACGAAUGUGUACCGCCACAAAUCUGUCACGAAUUUCAAACAGCUCGUUUGUUUUUAAGCCAUUUCGGUUUCUUAAAUAUGGAACCUAAGGACAACGAAGAAUCCAGAAAUAGCGGUCUUAUCGCUCUAGAUCCGACUAUUCCCGGAUUCUGCAUGGAUUUAGAAACGUUGGACAAUAUUAGCCCACGAACCUGCGAUACUGUUCACGUCUUUUAUGUGAAGGCAAAUCAGAAGUCCGCCACUGAGAUAUUAUCAAACGUGCUUCAUGAGGAAAACGUAUCUCCGAACUUCCUGGAGUUCUUAAGUUCUCUCGGUUGGCCCGUUUCUGUAUCCGCUCACGCGGGUUGGACGGGUCAUGUGUCUACUUCGUGGAGAGUAACGGCGCAAAUAAACGUGCCACAACCAGCUCACAGCAAUCACGGCGGAGCACUCUACAACGGUGAUACUCACGUGUUAUAUUGGGCGGACGUGAGUUCGGAAAUUGCAUUCGUUGUAUCCACGCAAUCGUAUCUCAUGGCGAGUUCGGACUCGCUAGAAGAAUCCAGUUACAGCAGCGAUAUCAGUAGCAGUGGACAAACGUGGUUUGAGCGGAGCAUCAGCGAAAGUGCGGACAAUCGAAGUUUGCACAACACAACGCAGACUUCUCGAGCAAUGUCGCUUGAUUUGGAGAAACAACCGUCGAGUCUGACAAGCACAGGUCCAACGAAUUCUUCGAGUGCGGAUCCCAUCAGACCCAGAAGGUCGACGAAACAAUCUCUACCUGCGCAGACUAAUACAAAAAUUAUGGUUGUAUGGUUGGAAAGUCUGGAAGAUCAUAUUUCGUUUCCGAUUGGUGACUUGCUUCCUUCCACUUACACGGGAUUGGAACAAUCGAGAAUGCUGCAGGCUUCCGACGUACAUGUUAUUUUUCUUCAAGCUCUCGCUAACGGAUUGAUAAGAGUUAAAUUACGAGGACCGGUCAGUAGGAUUAAUCUGGCAACACCUUUAAUCGAUGGUAUGGUAGUAUCAAGAAGAGUUUUGGGAACUCUAGUGAGACAAACGGCUCUUAAUAUGGGGCGUAGAAAAAGACUCGAUAACGACAGUUAUCAUCCACCACAUGUACGAAGACGUCUGAAAAUUCAAGAGAUGGUACAAAAAUAUAAGAGAAAUUUGACAGAUCCGGAAUUAUUAACACUUUUAUUCAGCAGCACUCAAACUUAUCAAAUGCAAUAGACUCGUAUAAGAAUCUCUCACGUAAACAGUGAUCAAUGUCUUUUUUCAUCGUCAUAAAGCGGAAGGAUUAAAGCUAUAAAAUUUGCAAAUCAAUCAGUUUGACGCAUUUCGUGAUAAUACAAAGCAGAGAUAAAAAAAAAGUCAAUUCAUGUCGAUUUAAUAAUUAUUAAUUAACUUAUCAUGUCGAUUUAAUUAUUAU